AUGGCUGUUUCGCCUCGGAAUAACCAUGUGACGAGGGUGCAAAGAAGGAAUUUGAUGAAUCUGAGGCGGCUGGUCUCCGCAACACGACCACUGUCCUUCAAUUCACCAGCAGAGUAUCAUGGCGUCGGUCGGGGGGGAACGCAGCGAGCGUUCAACUCGGGAGUUGUGCAGCAAGUGAAGGAUGAUGAGCGGGAGGAGAACCAUACGGGAGAUCAUACAGAUAAUCAGGCUUGGGUGGAACGGUCGCCCAAAGAUCGUCGAACAGGCAGAAGCAAGAACCAGAAGCGCAAUCCCGCGUCAACACGCUUCGGAAACCCGAGCCGGAAUUCAUUCCACGACGACACCGAGUGGUCGAUGGCGCCUGAGCCGGCCAUUUGCGAUGAGACGAUUUUGGACCAGUCAUGGGAUCCGCCGGCUGCAUCAGAGAACUGCCACGCAAGACCGCACUCUGAAGUGCAAUCAGACACCUCCGCCUCCAAUCCAGACUCCGCCCUAACUGAGAUCUCGACGGACCUACAAACCCGACUUGACAUGGCUCAGCACGGUCACGGAACCAAAAAACGAUCCACAAAGUAUGAGAAUUUCCCCAAGAUAGAGGACACUGAGUUACACGCCGUUGAGAGGGUUAUGGAAGCGCUUGCGGAUUCAAGCAAGAAUACCCAAUACAUUUUCCGCCUGUACAGAGAUCUUCCAUCUCCUGGUGUGGCUUAUCUCUCGGAACGGUACCGUGGCAGUCUCUUGAGGAAGUUCGCCAACCCCCCAAACCGGCGCUGGGUUGAUGCGCGUCGUUAUCUUGCCAUUGUGGAAGAUAUGAUUGCUGCCAAACUCUCAUUAUCCCCUGGAUUAUGGACCUCUGCCAUUCAUCUGGCAGGCAGGGCGACGGGAACGGUAAAGAAGUGGGACCUUAUCCGGGCGAUUGGAGUUUGGCAGCAAAUGGAACAUGUUGGGGGCAUCAAGUCUGACCACGUGGUUUUUACCACAUUGUUCGACAUUUCCAUCAAAGCAGGUCAAUUUACAGUGGCAGACCGAUUGCUUCAAGAGAUGGCCAAACGUGGCAUCGUGUUUGGUCGCGCUGGCAAGGUCGCCAUGAUAUACUACUAUGGCUUGCUGCACGACGUCAACGGAAUUCACCGGGCGUUCGACGACCUUAUAUCCAGCGGAGAAAUUGUGGACACAGCGGUUCUCAAUUGCUUGAUAAUCUCGUUUAUCAGGGCCGGGGAGGUCAAGACCGCGGAGCAGCUGUACCAACGGAUGAUGCAGUCACAGGCGACUGCACGGCACGUCAAGGCUCCUGAAUACGAAUACGACGAUGACCCAAACCACCAGCCAGUUCUUGCAUCCGAGUUUAUGUUGUAUCGGAACAAAUCUCGGGAGCUAAAUCGUGUCUUUCAGAAGGCGAUGCAUCUGAAGAAAAGCCUGCCAGCACACCACCGCGCGCUACAAGAUUCCGUCACAAUGAGUCCAGAUACACGAACCUUCCAUAUCUUUCUUUCUUACCAUGCGUACCAGUCGGGGAACUUGAACGCUUUCAAAACAAUCAUGGAGGAUAUGGAGAAAUCGUUUACAAUGCCACCCCGAGGCAUGAUUUACCUGUUGCUCUUUGAAGGUUUUGCUCGUCAUGGCAAAAGGAAGAAGGGCUGGACCGCGGGCAAGCUGCGACUUGCCUGGCGAGCAUAUUUGCGCGUUCUCUACGAGUCGAGGACCAGGCUGACCGGAGACUUCUCCUUUCAGUCGCCCCAGCUGACAUGGGAGAAUCCACUGGGCGGCACGCCCGUCAGUGUGCCCGAGAAGUCGGAUUCCUCACCGGAUAGAUCCACUACGCAGCAACCUAAACAUGAUCUGUACACGCCAUUGCCAUCGACCAUGAGCGAGGCCAGAUCUACCUCGGACAAUAACGAGCAGGGUAAGGAUAAGGAUGCGGAACUACAGAUAGAACACGACCCCAACAAUGCCGAGGAAAUCUUAGAAUUCGACGAUAACGUCGAUCUUGAAAUCGAUAACCUCUUCCUGAACCCAACAGUCGACGAGCAGUCUGCCACCAACGACAUGGAAAAUGAACUGCGGCAUCGGAUUGAUAACGGGGUUUUCUUGGGCCGCCGGAUGAUCAUCAUCAUCAUUCGAGCAUUUGGCACCGUUUGUGGGCCUGAAGAGGUGAUGGAAGCUUGGCUAUCCAUGGAACGUAUCUGGCGUCCACAGAAGCGCAAGGCGGUCGAUGUCCAGGCUGUCAGGGAAGAGCUGGCGAAAUAUAUCCAGGAUUUGAAUUGA